GGAGUCCCCUUUGGAUUGUGAAAGCGAGGCUCGGAAUCCCAGAAUAGCAGGCGGGCGGGUCUGCGCUCAGUUGUCUGCUACAAGGAAGAGAUGCGCAGGGCUGGAAGAUGGCAGAGCUGCAGAUGUUGUUAGAGGAGGAGAUCCCGGCCGGCAAGCGGGCUCUAUUCGAGAGUUACCAGAACCUCACCCGAGUGGCCGACUACUGCGAGAGCAACUACGUCCAGGCUCCAGACAAGCGGAAAGCACUAGAAGAGACCAAGGCCUACACCACCCAGUCCCUGGCCAGUGUCGCCUACCAGAUCAAUGCAUUGGCCAACAAUGUGCUGCAGCUGCUCGACAUCCAGGCCUCCCAGUUGCGGAGGAUGGAAUCCUCCAUUAAUCAUAUCUCCCAGACCGUGGACAUCCACAAAGAGAAGGUGGCUCGCAGAGAGAUUGGUAUCCUAACAACAAACAAGAACACCGCAAGGAGUCAUAAAAUUAUAGCGCCAGCCAACAUAGAGCGUCCCGUCAGGUACAUACGAAAACCCAUAGACUACACGGUGCUGGAUGAUGUAGGCCAUGGAGUGAAGUGGCUAAAAGCCAAGCAUGGAGGAAACCAGGCAGCAAGGACUGGCACUGGCACUUUGACUCGAACAACUCCACCUACUCAGAAGCCACCCAGUCCACCGAUGCCCGGGCGAGGUACCCUGGGGAGAAAUACCCCAUACAAAACUCUGGAGCCUGUCAAACCUCCAACGGUUCCAAACGAUUACAUGACCAGUCCAGCCAGGCUCGGAAGUCAGCACAGUCCUGGGAGAACUGCUUCUUUGAACCAGAGGCCAAGAACGCACAGUGGCAGCAGUGGAGGAAGUGGCAGUCGAGAAAACAGUGGCAGUAGCAGUAUUGGCAUUCCGAUCGCUGUUCCUACACCUUCCCCACCAACUGUUGGACCAGGUAUCUCUGGUGGUCCUACACCUUCACCACCACCUCCACCACCUCCUCCGCCACCUCCCCCUCCUCCAGCAGUUGGUGGUGGCUCGGCUCCAGGCUCCCAGUUUGGCUCAAUGGCAAGGCAGAUCUCUCGGCACAACUCCAACACAUCCUCUACUUCUUCCGGAGGAUACAGGCGGACCCCCUCUGUGACUUCCCAGUUUUCUGGACAACCUCAUAUCAAUGGCGGGCCUUUGUAUUCACAAAACUCAAUUUCUAUCGCUUCUCCCCCUCCCCCAAUGCCUCAAAUGACUCCACAGAUACCUCUCACAGGCUUCGUGGCCAGGGUGCAGGAAAACAUUGCAGAUAGCCCUACGCCUCCACCCCCACCUCCACCUGACGAGAUCCCAAUGUUUGAUGAUUCUCCUCCCCCUCCACCACCACCUCCGGUGGACUAUGAGGAUGAAGAGGCCGCUGUGGUUCAGUACAACGAUCCAUAUGCUGACGGAGACCCUGCAUGGGCCCCCAAGAUCUAUACUGAGAAAGUUGUUGCCAUCUAUGACUACGCAAAGGACAAAGAGGAUGAGCUGUCUUUCAUGGAGGGAGCAAUCAUUUACGUCAUUAAGAAAAAUGAUGAUGGCUGGUAUGAAGGGGUAUCCAACGGCGUCACAGGCCUCUUCCCAGGAAAUUACGUGGAGUCGAUUAUGCACUAUGCCGAUUAACAAAAAAAAAAAAAGAUUCUUAAUCUUCAGUACCAAGUCUAAUCUGAUUUUAAACUUAAGUGUAAGGAGUAACGUCUUCAUACAUAUAAACUGUGUUUUUUACAGGUUUUUUUUUUCUUCUCCUAUUUAACCCUAAAGGGUUUUUAGACCUAAUAAAGCUGUGUCUGGGAAAACGUCUACCCAUAAGCCUUGAGAUGAAUUUGGUUUGUAGACAUCACAAAACCUGGCACCAGUUUAUGCUUUCUCUCCACAUCUGCAACAUUUUUUUUUUUUCCUUUUUUGAAUAUUUUUUUUAAUUCCUCUGACUGGCGUGAAUAGUCCAAUGGACCAUAGGGGUGUAGUAUAAUAUCAAAAUCAUGAAUCAUUUUUGAGCCGCAUACGCAUAUGUUUUACUUGAGACCUAAAGUAUAUUUUUCCGUGCCGCAUGAAAACUAACACUACGUUAGAAUACCAUUUAACAUUUGGACUUGAAUGAUAACUGCUGGUCAUAUUUUUUAUUAGGCAACUGUUCAUUCUUAAUAUUAAAAUAUUUGAUUUUAAGGCAUGCGUUCAGAAAAAAAAAUUAUAUGUACUGUUUUAUUCAUUUUUUUUUUUUUCUUUCAACCCCACAAUGCUUCCAAUUUAUUGUAAUUAUCAUAAGUCUUCACGAGUUGUUGAGUCUUAAAAGUGUCCCAUUUGUGAGAAGAAAAUGGUUGUGAUCUGUAUAUUUUUCAUACUGCUUCACCUCAAGAAGGCCAUCGUGAAUUUCCCCGUCUUUCAGUACAGAAACACCAAAGUUAUUUCUCAAUUAAAGCGGCCAUUAGUCUUUGCAAGGUUUCCCGUGAUACAGAGCCAAAAGAUAGACAGUGUUGUUUAAAGGCACAAUCCUUCUGGAAAGUAGUACAAGAGGAGGAGACACUUCCAGAAAACAUAUAUAAUAUAUAUAUUUUUUUUGUAUUUGGAAAGUAUGUGAUCUUAUUCUGUUUCCAAUAAACUGUAUUCGUACUCCAUGAUCAGCAACGGAGCUGAUUUCACUGCAUGACUUAAAUUUGAGUGGAUGUUUUAAAUGUAUAAACGAUUGCACCUUUUACAACCUUUAACAUGAAUCGAUUUUGUACUUAAUCAGUUAAAUUCUGUAAUAUCGGCAUCUAUGCUGUCAUGAGAGCGGCAUGGCUAAUACUUGAUGGUCAAAACCACUUAUAGGUGACAUGGCACAAAACGGAUUGUAGAGGGAGAUCAUUGCCCAAGGAAUAGUUAAUAGGUUGACUAUUUUUUUUUAAUUGUCCCCAUCUUUUUUCUCCAGUAAGGGUCAUUGCUGUCCUACCAGUUUUCUUGGAAUGAUGAGGACCAUCAAUCCAUACUGUGGUGGGGAACUAUAAUUUUAUUGUAAGACGUGGCAAUGUACAUGUAAGAAAAUGUAGAACAAAAAAAUCCCUGUCUUCAAUAUUCUUUACAGCGCACAAAAAAAGGUCUUGGUCUACCAUAUACCAGUGAUGGCGAACCUUGGCACCCCAGAUGUUUUGGAACAGCAUUUCCCACGAUGCUCAUACACUGUAGCAUCAUGGGGGGGAAAUAUUGUUUCAAAACAUCUGGGGUGCCAAGGUUCCCCAUCACUGCCAUAUAUGAUGCUAGAUUCCAUUUACUGAGUUGGCAUUGCUUCAACAAAUCUUUAGCAACCUAUUUGUUGGAUGUAGCUUGACCUCCUUCCUAUCCCAUUGGUGGAGCUGGCACGGCCUUCUUGACCUUCAGCUGGGUUAACAUGAAUGUGGCAGCUGUUGACUUUGCCAUCUUUACAUCCAUAGCUUUUUAAAAACUUUAAAGGUAGCAGAGAGCAAAGGAAAAUGUCUAGUCGAAUAGGAUUACAGUCACAAGUACUGUGUUUUUUUUUUUUUUUAGUAGUGCAGUUGGAACUACGUACGUCACAUUUGAGCAGGUAAUAUUAUUUCGUCCAUAUAUAUUUAUGUAUAUGGAUUAUGGGUGUCUCUUAAGCAUAACAUGCUUAUUUUUAACAUUCCAAAAGAUUGCCAACCAAUGUUGCAUUGAAGGAAGCGGACAGUGCCAAGAUCUCACAGGGCCAUUCAUAUAGUGGCAAUGCUUUGCAUGAGACCUUUGAUCCAGUAGUCAAAUUUUACUGCACAUUUUGAAGGGGGGGGGAAGAUAAGGGACCAACCAGUUUUACGUAAGGUCACUUUAAAUCUGACCUAAAACCUAUUACGAGCUUGGUGUAUAGUCAAGCUGCACAAACCACAAGACUUCACUGAUUGGACAAGUAAUGUUUGCACUGAAGUAUUACACUGCGAAUUUAUGAAUCCGCUCUCUGACCAUAUAUUGCUGUACCCAUAAAGUAUUACACGCCGCUCUUCAUAGGCCUUUUGGAAAUGCUUUUUAUAUAAUUGCAGAAUCAUGUUUAGCACGAUUUAUAAAUCAUGUCAUUACUGCCAAUGUUUGGUUUUCACUGAGUUAUUUAACGGAAAAUACUUCUGAUUUAUAGAUUGUGGGGUUAGUUAAACAAAGUUAGGAAAAAUAGAAAAAAAAUAAAAAUAUAUCUCAAAGCUUCA